UAUGGAAUAUGACUAUCCAAAGUGGCAUCGAUAGUGUGAUCGAUAUUUUUAAUAUCUGUUGGCGUAGACCAUCUAAAUGAAUUCAAUUGAUUAAUAGUUAUUUUUUAAUUAAUAUAACCAAAAAUUUAACGAACAUGAGUAACAUGAUUAGUAACAGGAGCAAGAAAAAACUAGGCGUUUCAUUAAAACCACUUGGCAAAGUGGAUUCCCCCCUGGCAAAAUACGAUGCAUCAGGAAUCUUAACUUGCAUAAUAUGCCGGAUUGUUAUCAAACCAAGUGUCUGGAAGGUGCAUGUUAACUCAAAACAACAUAAAUUAAAUUUGGAUUUAGCGAAGAAAAAUAAGACUAAAAUAUUGGAUGUUACCGCUAACAAAUUAUCUCAGCAGUCACUUUCCAGCACAAAUUUUAGCACUUACCAAGAUAAGACUGUACGAAAAAAUGAAAAUUCUGAUUCUAGGAUAGCUGAAACAUUACCCGGUAAAUUUUUUGAUUCAGAGAAGUCGAAUAAAUUUCACCAAGCUGAUCAAAACGAAGAUGAAGAGUGGAUACGCUUUCAGCGAGAAAUUAAAAUAGCUGCUACCGUUUCUAGUACUAUAGUAGCUGAAGAACAAGAAAAUAUUAAUAUUAAAAGACAACUAAAAGAAAUAGAUGAACAGAUUGACAACUGGAAACGAUUUAUAAAAAUAAAUGAUCAGAAAAAUAGUCUAAUUAACAAAGAGCGCAAAUUUAACAAAAACGUGGCAGUACAUUCGGAUUCAAGUUCAAGUGACGAAGAAUGCCGUGUGGAUGACUUGUACAACUGGAGAACUAAAAACUUGCAUUAAAAAGUACAUAGAUUUUAAUUUCGUACAUGUAUAUCAAUAUAAAUAUAUAUGUUCAAGAAAA